AAUGGCUGAUCCGUAGACUCAACAAUCAACUAGCGCUCCUUCCAAUGGACCUACUGAGUUCUAGGCUCGUUAUUGUUUUUACAAUCCUGUCUUCUAUCUUCUUUUUUAACUCCAUCAGCGAAAGCCAAACAACUCACAAGUUUGUUAUUUGGAGGUACGCUGACACUGUCGAUCUUACAGUAUAUAUCUGCACUUAUGUAAAAAAUCAACGUGUGAAUAUGUUCUGUCCUGCCAAGAAUUCUAGCACAGGCUGGAAUUGGUUGACCAUGAUGAUGACUACAUGUAGACACUGGAGAUUUACUGCCCUUGAUUCAGCCCAGGUUGAAAGCAAUAGAUCGUACUGUGUCCUGCAAUCCCCAACGAUUGCGACUGUCUAUGUAACGCUUAGCAAAGAGUCCAUAGUGGAGCAGUACCUGGUGCCGCCAGUCAGCGUAUGGAGAACCGAAUAUUAUGUACUAAACAAUCUGGCUGGAAUGAUUGUUGUUACCCCCGAGCGUGAGGUUACUAUUGAAAUAAACGUCAUCGCAAAUGAGGAGCAGCUCAGUCGCGACGCUAAAUUAACCAUUAAGCUGGAGAAAAAUGAGGGCUUUAAAAUCGUUCCAUGUAGUCAGGCUUUCCAAUCUAAAAAAUCCAUGAUAGCAUUUCGACUUCACGCAACACAAUAUUUCGGAAUAGUGACUGGAAUCUGUUCUCGGGGCAAGAACUCACAGAUACGCUACACAAAUCUUGUGCUUCCUGAAGAUAGAGCCAAUAACUUUAUCUAUUUCACGUUCUGUAUACUGCUGCUGGACUGCAUCCUGUACGCUUUUAGCCCAUUCAGUCAACCUUUCAAAGUAAUACACCUAGACUCUGGGGCGACUCAAAGUUACUCAUCUGAUUCUAACUUUGUUAAGCUCAUGGGCAAACACUUUAUGGUUGAAAGCAAUUAUUUCAUGCAAGUGGUAAUCAUGCUAUCCAGUUCUAAAGACGGAGACACGUUUCUCUGCACUGUCCUGCCAACGCAUCUGUUUCAAUCUAAGUACUUUGUCAUGUUGUCAAAUGAGUUUAAAAAUUAUCUCCUGAUCAUUUUGAGCGUUUCAGGAAAUGCGCAAAUUAUAGUCAAUAAAAAAGAUCUGUUAAGUUUUACUAUUCCUUUAGUAAGUUUAUCUAAUCAUCAUGGGAGGGCAAUUUUCUACGUGGAACUGGAAGUGCAAGACACGAAGAAACGAUACACCUACGAGAUCCUCAGUACAGCCAACGAGACCUUCGGCUGCUACCUCUACGGGAAUAAUACGCUUCAGCGUUUCAUUAUGCCUUUCUUUAUUGACAAACCUGAAGAUAGUCUUACAACUGUUAUGACACCUCAGUCGACCACAAAUCCAAAUUUCACAUCAGAGAUUCAGACUACAAAGGCAAUUAGCCGAGAUGUACAAUGUUCGAAUAGCACCGUGGUCAUCGACGAUAAGAUAGAUAAUGACUGUGAUGGCUAUGUUGACGAGGAAGAAGAAAAUAACAAAGAUGAUGAUGAUGACGACAAUAUUGACGAAGACACCACAUCAACUAACGAAUACGGCUGCCGCUCCGGCUGGUUCGGGUCACAUUGUGACAAUAUGUGUCAUUGUGAGAAGUCACUGUGUUUGCCUCAUGGCUAUUGUCAACAAAACCGAACCUGUGAACCAGAGUAUUUCGGACAGCAGUGUCUCUUUAGAGACUUAAUGACCACAGCCACGGUGUCUCAUACAGAAAUGAAAUCAAGACACUUUAUACCAUGUCAGCAUUAUUUUACAGUCAAAUCACCCUUAAUAAUAUCAUUCCCUACUUUCACUCUUAUCUCAUGGAUUCAAAUCGAAGCUCUAUCCAAAGAUUUUUUAUAUGGCCUGCAAGUCCAUUUCUUGGAGACACCUAACCAGACCUGCUAUACUGGACCAUGUUCGGACCGAAGAGAUAUCUUCUCUAACAACUACACAUUGAUAGUCAUCUGCAAUAUUCCCAGCUACGUGUGUGAGAUGAGGAUUUCAUUUGACGAGUCUGUAAACGAGAGAUAUUUCUGUUCAGUCUACGUCAGUGGUGGACGCAACGUUGCUCUGCGUAAACCAGUGCAGAUGUCCAGCUACAGGACAAACAAGCAAGGCAUUAUCAGUCGCGGGUCACUCUCAGUGGACGGUAUAAUCAAUAAACCGAGUAUGUGCGCCACCACAGAGAAGACGAACAGAGCGCCCUCGUUUAGCAUUUCGUUCCCGACAAGGAUGGUCCUGAAUUUGGUCGUCAUUUACUUUGCAGAUGUAACUCUAAAGGAAUCAAAAUUCUUCAAGAUGAAAUUUGCAAAUGAAAACAAUGAAACGAUUCGCCACCUGAUGUAUGUCAUGGACAAAAGAGUCAGCAUAAUACCCCCAUCCGAUGAGCCCAUCAAAAGUAUCAAAGUCUCUUUGUGGAGUGCCUACAAAACCCUAUCCAUUUGUGAAUUCGAGGCUUAUGGCGAGUGCGCCCCACCAAUGUACGGGCCUGAUUGCAAGGAAGUCUGCAGCAUAUCUUGCGUUGAUCAACUAUGCACUUAUGAGGGCUUCUGUCGAAACUGCCCAAACGGAACCCGGGGAUCACAUUGCUUCGAGCGGUGCGUGCAUUGGUGUAAUGACGAAGAGAACACCACACUCCGGGUCAGAGACGACAGCACCCGAUCCCCCUACCAGAAAUUCACUGGCUUUCAACUGGAACAUUUCUGGUACUACAUCAUGGUCGUCUUCGCCAUCAUCAGCAUUUGCUGCAUCCGCUUGUCCAGCGUGCCUGUACCAAAAGCUACCUAUGGUACAGAUAUAAUUGAUGAGGUUUCGAAUGUAGGGGUAAUUGAUCCUGCAAAUCAAAAACAAGCGAGAGUCAAAAAAGUAUCAACUACAGAGAUAUAAAGAGACUCAGUACAAGGUCCUACGCCGUUGGUACUUCUAUUAAAUCACAUUGAUGCACUGUAAAGGACUUGUGUCCAUAUGUGUCCAUAUGCUGUAUGUAAAUAUAUGUGCUUGUUAAAUUGUUUACCCCCCCCCCUUUCCACUUUCGUACGUUUUUUUUUUUUUUUUUGCGCCCAUUUCUACGGGCAAUAGUGUCCUAAAAGUGCUCUUGAAAGAAACAAAAAUGUAUUGACUGUAAGAAUCUGAAUGUUUCUAAUAAA